UUCCAUUACUUCACUUCCUCUGUGUCUUAUUAUAUCAAAUAUCAAUCCUGGCUAUGGCUAUGUCUUUGCUUCCUUUAGCCUUGUUCACAUUGUUCUUCGUGCAGCCUUUGGCAGCAAUUGACCCAAAUUGGUAUGAUGCAAGUGCAACUUUCUACGGUGACAUGAACGGUGGUGAAACCAUGCAGGGAGCAUGUGGUUAUGGAGAUCUAUUCCAGCAAGGAUAUGGGCUUGAAACAACAGCACUAAGCACAGCUCUAUUCAAUAAUGGGUUAUCAUGUGGAGCAUGUUUUGAGAUAAGGUGUGUGAAUGAUCCUCAAUGGUGUAUAAAAGAAGUAAACUCAAUCACAGUGACAGCAACAAAUUUAUGUCCUCCCAAUUACAUAGACGGAAGUUGGUGUAACCCUCCACAUCAACACUUUGAUUUGAGUAUGAAAAUGUUCACAACUAUUGCAAUUUACCAAGCUGGGAUAAUCCCAGUUCAAUAUCGACGUGUUCCAUGUAACAAAAUUGGGGGUGUUAGGUUUGAGCUAAGAGGUAACCCUUAUUUUUUGAUGGUUUUGGUGUACAAUGUUGGUAACGCUGGUGAUGUUUAUCGUUUGGAUGUUAAAGGAUCUAACACUGGUUGGAUUGAAAUGACACAUAAUUGGGGACAAUUUUGGCAUACUGGUGUCAAUUUGGUUGGUCAAGAAUUGUCUUUUUGGAUUAAUACAAGUGAUGGAAAAGCUUUGAUGUUUAUUUCUGUUGCUCCUUCUAAUUGGCAAUUUGGACAGACUUAUCAGAGCUCCCUAAAUUUUUAGAUGCGGUUAGAUUUAGUAUAGAAUUUAAAAGAAAUGCAUCUGACUACAGACAUUAGGAAUAUUAUGUAAUUUCCAUUUGUUAAAAAAAAUGUAAUUUCAAUUUGUUUUGCAUCUGACUACAGAUAUUAGGCUCAGUAGUUUCCUUGUUUCAGAAUUUGUGGUAUUAUUCAUAUCUCAAUUAAUGGUGAAAUGAU